CAAGAGCAGCUUGGAGAGCUCGGAGUAAUUGUAUAUAGACGAUUCAUUCGCAUUGGGAGGGCAGAGCAAUUGGAGGAUCAAGCAUUACCUAACAGUCGGUCCUCGGACUGUGAUAACAGGCGUGGGCUGUCAUAGAAUGGACAAAACUCAGCGAAGCUAAGGCGACACGGCAGUUGUGAACGGAUUACUAGCAGUAGUUCGGUACUUCUCAUUUCACGCCAUGGAGGGGCAUAUCUAUCUUGGAGAAGGGUACUUGAGCCUUUCCUUCUUCUCUAUCCACAUACAAGUCCUGCAUCGCAAUCAUGGUCAGACUUCCCUUCCACGCUGAGCACAUUGGCUCUCUCCUUCGUCCUGCCGACUUGCAGGAGGCCAAGACCAAGGCCGCAAACAAGCAGAUCGACAACGCUGAGCUCGAGGCUGCUGAGCACAAGGCCAUUACCCACAUUGUCAAGCGCCAGCAAGAAGAGGGUGUUCGUCCCAUCUGCUCUGGCGAGUACGACCGCAAGGUCUACUUUGGUGGAUUCUUUGAGGAGCUCGAGGGCUUCGAGGAGGUCGAUGAUGCUCCCUGGGACCUCUACAGACUUUCCGCUCCCCCAAUUGCCGCCCUGAAGAAGGCUGGCCUCAAGUACCCCAUGACUGUCGUCUGCAAUGGCAAGAUUGAGUACAAGCACAGCCCUUACCUCAAGAAGUGGGAGUACCUCAAGUCGCAGGUCCCCGAGUCGCAGUGGGACCAGUGCAAGUUCACCAUGCCCCCAGCUCCUUACUUCCACCUCCGUCUUGCUCCCGGCAAGUGCUACCCCAAGGAGGUCUACCCUACCGACGCCGCAUUCUUCGCCGACCUGGCUGAGGCCUACAAGAAGGAGUUCAAGGUCCUGCACGAGGCUGGCCUGAAGAGCGUCCAGAUUGACGACCCUACUCUUGCCUACUUCUGCUCCAAGGACAUGCUCGAGGGUCUCAAGGCCGAUGGUGUCGACCCUGACGAGCUCUUCGACCUGUACUGCAAGGCCCACAACGACUGCCUGGAGGGCCGUCCCGAGGGACUCCACGUCGGUCUCCACAUCUGCAGAGGUAACUUCUCCAAGUCGAUGCACUUUUCCCAGGGCUCGUACGAGCAGAUCGCUGAGAGAUUCUUCAAGUCGCUCAACUACGACACCUUCUACCUCGAGUACGAUGACUCCCGCAGCGGUGGCUUCGAGCCCCUCCGCUUCCUCCCCAAGAACAAGAACGUCGUUCUCGGUGUUGUCAGCACCAAGGUCGCCGACCUUGAGGAUGCCAAGGAGAUGAAGGACAAGGUCCUCGAGGCUGCCGACAUCAUUGCCAAGGGCCAGGGUGUCAGCCGCGAGGAGGCCAUGGAGUGCAUUGGUAUCAGUCCACAGUGCGGUUUCGCCAGCACUGGUGUCGGUGCCGAGGCCAUGACCGAGGACAAGAUGUUUGCCAAGCUCAACCUUGUCAAGAAGGUGGCCAACGAGCUCUGGCCCGACCGCGCCUAAGUGAUUCAUGCAUGGCGUCAAGGGAUAUUCAACAUUUUGGGGCUAUGUGUUUACGUUACUACGAGUAUUGAUUGGAUCAGAAAAGUUGGCUGUCGAUUGGAAGCCGCAAUUGCAUAUAGGAAGGGGACAAAGAUACAGACACAUGAAAAAUACAUGACAAGCUCGUGAGAGCUCGACGUCAUAUCACCAGACAGCAUUAUCCCAAUCAAUCUGUAGAGAGUG